UGCAGGAAAUGUUGUGGCGGAGGAGCAUUCUCCAAAGACUGCACUACAAUGGCCGGCAUGUGACCUGUGCUUCGUUCCUCUCGCAAACAAAAAAUCUUCUUACUUAGACUUCACAUCUUCUUCUCCAUCAAUGUCUGCCGCGGGAUACAGCCGUUCCCAGAGAGCCUCUUCCGCUAUCUCUCCCUUUCGUUCCCGGAAGGCCCCUUCUGCCCCGCCGCCGGUCGCAAAAUCCUCAGGGAGACCCUCUUCUCCGUCUUCGACCACUUCGUCGAGACCUUCACCGAAAUUGCCUAUCUCUCCAGCCAGCCCAAGCCCGUCAAACCUUGAUCGUCCUGAGGUUUGCAAGGCAAAGGAGAAUGUCAGUGUCACCGUCAGGUUUCGACCCCUCAGUGCCAGAGAAAUUAAUAAAGGAGACGAGAUAGCUUGGUAUGCAGACGGGGAUCAUAUAGUGAGAAAUGAGAACAAUCCUUCCGUUGCCUACGGCUUCGAUAAGGUGUUUGGGCCUGCAACAACUACUCGGCAUGUAUAUGACGUGGCUGCUCAGCAUGUUGUCAGCGGUGCCAUGGAAGGAAUUAAUGGCACUGUAUUCGCAUAUGGUGUUACUAGCAGUGGAAAGACACAUACCAUGCAUGGCGAGCAGAAGUCACCUGGAAUUAUCCCACUUGCAGUGAAGGACGUCUUCUGUAUAAUACAAGAGACACCAGCACGAGAAUUCCUACUUCGCGUGUCUUAUCUUGAGAUUUAUAAUGAGGUCAUUAAUGACUUGCUGGAUCCUACUGGGCAGAACCUAAGAAUAAGAGAAGAUGCUCAGGGAACUUAUGUUGAAGGAAUCAAAGAGGAGGUUGUGCUAUCCCCUGCUCAUGCCCUUUCCUUGAUUGCUACAGGAGAAGAGCACAGACAUGUUGGUUCUAAUAAUUUGAAUCUGGUUAGCAGUCGAAGCCACACCAUAUUCACCUUGACUAUAGAAAGCAGUACUCGUGGGGAAAACACUGGGGAAGAAGAUGUGACACUGUCCCAUUUGCACUUAAUUGACCUUGCAGGGUCUGAAAGCUCUAAAGCUGAAACAACUGGGUUGCGAAGGAAAGAGGGUUCAUAUAUUAAUAAAAGUUUGCUUACUCUUGGAACGGUUAUUUCUAAAUUAACAGAUGGAAAGGCAACUCAUAUUCCAUAUCGAGAUUCAAAACUUACUCGUUUGUUACAAUCGUCCCUCAGUGGUCAUGGACAGAUUUCUCUCAUCUGCACUGUUACGCCUGCCUCUAGCAGUAGUGAAGAGACACACAACACGUUGAAGUUUGCAUCUCGAAGUAAGCAUGUUGAAAUCAAGGCUUCUCAAAACAAGAUUAUCGAUGAGAAGUCUCUGAUCAAAAAAUAUCAGAAGGAAAUUCAUGAUUUAAAGCAGGAGCUUCAGCAGUUGAAGCGUGGUAUAUUGGAGAAUCCCAAUGCUGCUGUAUCUUCACAAGAAGAUCUGGUUAAUUUGAAGCUUCAGCUGGAAGCUGGCCAGUUCAAAUUGCAGUCAAGAUUGGAAGAGGAGGAACAGUCUAAAGCAGCUUUGAUGGGAAGAAUUCAGCGACUCACCAAACUAAUACUGGUUUCCACAAAGACUGCAAUGUCUUCAAACAUUCCUGAAAGGCCUAGCCAUAGGCGCAGGCAUUCUUUUGGGGAAGAUGAGUUAGCAUAUCUUCCAGAUAGAAAACGUGAUAUUUUGACUGAGGAUGAUGCUGGAAGCCACGCUUCAGAGCCUUCAGUGGAAGGAAAGGAUGAUGUUAACUUAGAUGAGCUGAUGAGGGAUUAUAAAAGGAACAAAAGACGGGGAAUGCUUGGCUGGUUCAAGCUGAGAAAACCUGAUCAGGGGGGAUGGUCACCAAAUUCUGAUGACGAGAGCCCUACAAAUGGGACCCCUGCAUCAUCUUCAAAACAAAUGCCAAAUAAAGUAAUGCUUCGUGACGUGAAAGACCCACGCAGGAAUUCAAUCAGCACAAAAGAAAAUGCUUUAGCUCUUAAUUCAUCUCCUUUAAGAAACCAAGCCGGUGACUUGUUUAGUGGAACUACCAAAGGUCGUCAACUUCCUCCGACUGGGAGCACAAUAACUGAUCAAAUGGAUCUUCUUCGUGAACAAGUAAAAAUGCUGGCUGGGGAGGUGGCAUUAUGCACCAGUUCUCUGAAACGACUGUCUGAACAAGCUGUUAACCGUCCUGAAGAUUUACAACUACAGGAGCACAUGCAGAAGUUGAAGGAUGAAAUUAGUCAAAAGAAGGACCAAAUCCGUAUUCUGGAGCAACGUAUGCUUGGACCACUUCGGAUGACGGCACAUGCACCCAAUAACAGUGAAAUGUCUGAGGCUCUGGCCAGGCUUACCACAGAGCUCAACGAAAAAAUUUUUGAACUUGAGAUCAAGUCUGCAGACAACAGGAUACUCCAAGAGCAACUGCAGUCUAAGAAUUUAGAAUGCGCUGUGAUAUCGGAAGUGACCCACGAAACAUCUAGCGUUACAAACUUAAAUAUUCAGGAGCACUCCAGGCAAGGCAGUAAUAAUUCCCAUUUUAGUUCUCAAAUUUGUAUGCAGGCAGCUGAAAUAGAGAAUUUGAGGCAAGAUAAAGUGAGAUUGGCUGAAGAAAAAGAUGGGCUUGAAAUUCAGAGUCGCAAACUUGCGCAGGAAGCUUCAUAUGCAAAAGAGUUGGCAGCCGCUGCAGCUGUUGAACUUCGAAACCUGGCCGAAGAAGUAACCAAACUCUCCUAUGAGAAUGCAGAACUGACCGGUGAUCUGGAAGCUGCAAAAAUGUCUUGUUGCAAGUCUAACUGUUGUCAAACAUCCGCUUCGUGUGAUCACAAACAAAGUAUUAAUAAUACUCAGCAACAAGAUGGUCAAUCCAGAAAGCUUGGGAAUGAUGUUCUGAUUGAGAAGUUGCAGAGGAACCUUAAAGCUGGAUUCCAGAGAGAAGCUUUGUUGGAAGCUGCUCUAUCCACAAAAGACCAAAUUGAAGUGGAGCUGAGAAGAAGGCUUGAUGAAACAAAACACCAUGAACAAGAUAUGGAAGAUGAGCUAGCAAGUAUGCGGGUGCUGGUUGCGAAGAUGAGAAAGUCUGGUGUUAAUAUGGACGACAAGUCAACACUCUGUAAGCUUAAUGAUAUACAAACCAGGGUUAAAAAUGGACUCCGUCCAACUAACGGCAACGCUAACAGAAAAACAUACAAAGAGGAUGAAUCUUUAGCAGCUAUGGAAGAGGUGAUCGCAUUGGAAGAACUCAAGGCUAGUUAUCAAAGAGAAAGAAGAAGAUGCAAAGAACUAGAGAGUGUUAUUUCCAGAUUGAAGGGUGAGGAC